GGACAGACGAAGAAAACCAAAGUUCCAUUAAUUGUGUGACUUAAUAUACUGACCUUUCCCAGGUAUGCUCUUUACAGCUUCAAAUUGGGAGUAGGCGUACCCCUGACACCAGACAGCACAGACUUUGGCACUGUCCCUUCCUGCAUUCUUUGCUGCCAAUCUAUUCAAUACACACGUCCGUAAGCAGCUUGUGGACAGCAAAUCCUUUGCAGUAUGUACGCGCAUCGUUGCUCCUGAGCCCCUUAGAAAGGACACGGGCAGCAUUCCCUGACGACCAUGGCAGCCCUUCAUUUGAAAGAUAUUAACCACUACGAGGCGGAUGGGCACGCAACUGGCCUGUUGGGUCUGCCAGCUGUGCUUCAUCGGCUUUCGGACCCCAGCCAUCGUUGCCAAGGGCCGGAGCUGACUUGCCUGCUUCAGGCGCUAUGUAAGCAGCUCGUCAAUGCUGCUUCGGACACAACCUUGGCGAUAUCUACCUCCGCGGACAGCGCCCGCGUCGCCACAGCGCAGGCCGCUGCCGACAAUGUGGCAUUGGACUUGUCCAUUGGUGCCCCGGAGCAGUGCGUCCCCAGUCCUCAGCCUCUCAGCUCCGGCUGCGCUCCUUCUUAUAAUGUUCGUUCCCAUUCUGACAUCGAAGCGCCGGCCUCCUCCCAAGCCUUGCCGAACGCUGUCACCUCCACGAGCUACAGCCCUUCAGCUACUGCCCUCGCUCACCAGCACAACCUUCGCACCAACAACUCCUCCGCACGCCGCCAACAAGCGGGCCCAAGCAAGGUCCAAGCGCCCCCGCCGGCGCCAUCCCAGUCCAACCCGUCCUCGGCCCUCGUGGGCCUUUCUCCUGCUGCCAGCGAACCCACUCAGGGCCUAGCCGGCAUGGUGACAUCUGGCAUCGCCCUUCUUGUCGACCAUCUGGAGCACUUCCACUACCGGGCCAAAGCAGUCGCCCUAGACGGCUUGCUUUCCCUCUCAGCUGUAGGCCUCGGCCCUGACCGUCGCAUGGACGCUGCUGGCUUCGGGUCGUUGGCAUGUGGUGGAUCCAGCCAGUCAUCGCAUGGUGCGACUGCGGCGGCGGCAGCCAUUGCUGCUAUGGCCGCCGCUGCUGCUGCAGGCGGCGGUGCCAGCGCUGGAGGCGACGCACAGCCGCAGCAGUCACAACAGGAUGGGGUGCUAGAACCCGCAGCUCUAGUAGAGACGGUGCAAGCGCUGGGCGGGUUGGGGCUUGGCGACUGGCUGGCGCUCCGGAUCAUUGGGGCAGGCGCUGUGCCUCGGCUGCUAGAGAUGCUUACGCAGCGCACAGGCAUCAAUUUUGUGCCAGUACGGCAGUUGGCGUCGCAGGUGAUCCACAACCUCGCCCGCCGCCGCAACGCCGCCGUGCGUACUGCCUUGGUUCGCUGGCGUCCCCUUCCCGGUAUCAUCAGCGCUUUGGAUGUCGUACUUGAAGACAGUCCCGAGAUCGCGGCACGCUUGCUGCUGUCGCUGUCAGACCUGCUGCCCAUCGCCUCCCACCAAGUCGCCGGAGUCCUCCACAAGCUCAUUGCCAAGCACGGCCAACCACAGGAGCAGGCCGCCGCCGCAGCGCUGCAACAACAGCAACUCCAACAGCAACAAGCCCAACUGCAAGCACGCCAACAGCAGGAGCAGGAUGAGAAGCAAGCGGCGACGCAGAGCCAAGGCCGUCCCGAGACAAGGCGACAGGCGGCAGUGGCCGAACAAGACAAGGUCAGGACGCGUGCCAAGGCUGCCACGCAAGCUGCUGCUUCCGCUGCCGCUGGCCGCUCCGCUGCUGGAGGCGCUGCUGCUCCGAGCGUUGCCGCCGGCCGACCUCGCCGAGGCGCUGCUGGUGCGGCGGCGGCGGCGGAAAGCAAGAAGGGCGCCGUGGCGGCAGGACGCCCCGCAGCGGUUGCCCCUGAGCCCGCUCCUGCGCCGGCCCCUGCUGCUGCGGCGGCCACGGCUACUGUUGACCUGUUGGAAGCGCCCUAUCUGGGUCUUGCCCCGGACAUUGAUGUGCCCCUUGAGGGGUUGCUGAUGCGCGUGGUGGCUUACUACCUGCGUCUGGCCUACAAUGCCGUUCUGUCGCCUGCACCGCUGCCACCUCCGGUCGCCGCCAAGGCUCCGUACGACGAAGCCGAGCGGCGUGAGUACGAGAAGGCGUUGCUCGUGCACAAGGUGGAAGAACACCGGCGGAGGCGCAAGGAAGCAGGGCAGCUGGAUUGCUGCGUUGCAGCAUUGCUUGCCGCUGCACCGCUACCCAACUGCCUCUUUGACGCUAUGUCGUACAGCUAUGCCCGGGCAUUUGCUGUGCUUACGGGACCACCGUUGUCGGUUGCGCUGACAACCGCAACAAAUGACGGCCUGUGGCGAGCCCAAGACCUUAUGCCGUACGCCCUUGCGUUGCUCCAAAGCCUUGGCGGUGGCAGCGACACCGGCGAUGCCUGCAACGCCUCGUUGUCCCGGAGCUCUGCUGCGGGUAACGCUGGCGGCAUGCUCGUUCCGUCGCUGGCCGCCGCCUCCAUUGGCAUCCCUGCAAGCGCUCCUGGCGGCGCCGUCGGGCAAACGUACGUCACCUCUGGCGCCAUCGCCGCUGCACUUGACCGCUUUUGGGGCAUGGAGCACCCUCGCUCUGCCAUGCUCGGUCCCGCUGGCAACGACGUGCUUGAUUGCCCGGGUCCCGCUUUGCCUGGAGCGCCGUACGGCGACAAGCCCGUCUCGGAAGCCCUCAUGCAGCAGUGCGGCAUUGUCAUUCGAGCUGUCUUGGAGAGGACCACCCAGACCGCUGCUUCUCUGUCCGCCAACGCAUGCGCCACCGCCGCUGCUGCUGCCGCGGCGGCCACUGCUUCGGCUUCCAUGCCCGCUGCUUCCGCGGGAGCACUUGCAGCUCACCAGGCGUGCGUUGGCUUGCUAAGGUCGGUAGGUGGCAUGCUAGCCUCCAUCACCCGGGCUCAGCUCGCCAGCCGCAUCGCUGCUUCCAGUGACUGCCUGGAGCGACUCACCGGCAACCUGUCGCAACAUACCGGCAAUGUACCGGCGGGGGUGGUGCAGGCGCGCAUGGCACUAGGCCUCGCGAACGUCUGGGCCUGCGUGCACACGGCUGCGCUGUGCCGGCGGCGACGAGUAGAGCGACAGCAGCGUCGGCUGCGCGAGCAGACGCAACAACAGGAACUGCAAGGGAAGCCGCAAGAGCUGCAAGGGAACAAGUCACCGCUGCGGAGCGCUCGCAGCGGGGACAAGGAUGCCCCUGCAGUGGUCCCAGCCGAAGCUGCGGCGGAGGGAGGUGCCGAGCAGGCUACCGAGUCGGCGGAGCAAGGCGGCCUUCGUCGCAGUGCACGCAUCAAGCGGCGUCGUGACGGCGCGGCGGCCGCGGCGGCUGCAGCUGCCGCUGCGGCCGCCUCUGCUGGUGGUUCUGCACGUGCGCCAUCAGCCGGAGCUGCCGCCGAGGCACCGGCACGGGCGCAACAGCCGUCGGCAGGGAGCACUCCUGCGGGUGCGUCGACUGACACUCAGCCUGCUGCGGAUCCUCCCAACAGUCCCCCGGAUGCCCGUGCGCGUCGUGACGCCUUGUUGCUCAACCUUGUCGACCUCCUGGCGGCUCGCUUCUCGGAGGUACGACAAGUCCAGGCUUCCUUGGAGGACCUUCUGCGUCAGCCGGGUGCUGAAGCCGGUGCAAGCGGCAGCGGUGCCCUUACGCCCUCGGCGCGUGGUGCUGCUGGUUCCUGGCUCUCUGCGGCUGUGGCUGCUGUGGUGGUGUCGCCUGCCGAGAAGACACGCCUUGUCCUCGAGACGCAGGCCGUGCUGCUGCAGGCCGUGGCCUUGAUCCUGCCCGGCAUGGAUGCCUCGCAUGCACGGCGGCUACUGGACGCUGGUGCAGCGCACUGCUGCGCUCAGCUCAUCCGCGCCUCCUCAACCUCCACCUCUCAACCGCAACAACAACAGCAGCAGCAGCAGCAGACGCCCGUUGGAGCUUCUGCGGCUGCCAAGUCCAGCGCAGCCGCUACGCAACAGCGGUCCACUGCUCCUGAGCAAUCUGAUGAUGAAGUACUGGGGCCUUGGAGUAAUGAGCCUGCGCAUGGUGUCACCGCGACUCAGUCGCUGGGACUGCUCGUCCAGCUGAUGCGGUUGUCUGAUGGAGUGUCGUAUGGCGGAAGCGGCGUGCUGAAGACGGAAGCGCUGGCGGCGCUUGGCGGGGCGCUGCUGCUGCGGAUGCAGGGUGACAACGGCGCAGGUGUGCCUGAGCUACCGCCUGCGCUCGCGCCUCAGCAGCCCCAGCCGUCGCCGCUGGGCACCGAGACCGGGGCGGAGACUGACGCGGAAGAUCCCGUGGCACGCUGCUGGGACUUGCUGCUCCUGCUUUCUUCCGGCCAGCGCCCUUGCGCCUACCACGACGCCGUGCUGCAGCUACUUGUGCCACUGGUGGCUCUGACCCAUGGGUCGUCCACACGCUGCGCUAAAGCGCGCGCGUCCAUGGCGCCGGUGCUGCUGCAGGUCCUCCGGUGGAACCACAGCAAGUUGCAGAGACGGAGGCUGUUUCUCCAGGCGGCAGCGCUCUGGGCUCCGCACCUGCAGCCCCUGCUGCUGCGCCUCCCCCGCAUGGCCACCCCCUCCAUGGCCAUCCCAGAAGCACAACUCGCCGCUGCAUGCGCCACCGACGGACCACUACCAUCAUCCGUCGCCGCCGUACCCGUUAAGGCCGCACCCGCCUCCAAGACGCAGUCUCAGUCCACCAUGCCGUACAACUCUAGCCGCGGCGGUCGGUACGGCACUCCCACGACUGGGAUCCAGGGCCCGCACGUCAGCGGCAGCUCCGCCGCAACGUCCCAUGCUGGUCAGCGCACGCCGCCUUGGGGAACGUGUGCGGCUGCCGCCGCCGCAGGCGCCAGCAGCGGCACCGGGGGUGGUUCGACUGUGACGGCAGCCGCCGUCGGCGCUGCCUCGCUGGUCCUGUCACCCACGAACCACAACGUCUCUGGCAGCGGUGUGCGCAUGGCCGCGCUGCCGUCGGGGUUGAACCCUCUGCGCAGCCGCAGAGGCAGUCGGCUGGCGGGACUGGUUUCACCGCCGCCACCGCUGCCGCCGCUACCUCGAACCAGCGGCGGCGGUGCGAACGACGGAGAGCCGUGCACUGCGGUGGCGGGUGCGGGUGCGGGGACAGCAGCUGGGUCGUCUGCCGCUGCUCAAGUGGGGUCGGAAGCACAGGCGGCGUCAAGCGGGGUGACCCUUGGGUCGCUCUGCGAGCUGUUUGAGGUGGCGUUGGAGCGGGUUGGCGAUGCCGAGGUGGUUCGCCACAUGCACUUGUCAGGAUGGCUCGUGGCCCUCUGCCACGGCGCCCAAAGCGCGGACUCCGCCGCCCGUGAGUCCUGCCAACGCACCCUCGCCCAUGCAGCAUGCGCCGUUGCCGCGGCUGGUCGGCCCUUGCCGCCGCCGCUGCUGGCGGAACUCGAGGUCGACAUUGAGCUCCGGAACCAGGUCUGCCUGCUGGAUCCAUCCCUAGCCGCGCAGCUCCAACGGCGGAAAGUGGAAGUGCCUCUGCUGCUGCGCCCUUACCCGCCCUCCGCCACGGCAGAAGGUGCUGGCGGCAGCAGUAGCAUCGGCUCCGGGCUGGGGCUGGGGCUGCCUCCUGCAUGUGGAGGAGUUGUUUUCUGCGGUCGCCGGCGUGUGGGUCCGGGUCAGGCGCCCGUGGGAGCCGCCGCUUGGCCGCCUCGCCCGCCAUCGCAGGCCGGGCGGCCAACGCAGCCGCUUCCCACCUCGGAUGCCCCAGCAACCGCGGCAGCAGAAGCCGGCGAUAGCGCGGAGCUGAGGAAAGAGGGGGCCGCGGGGAAGAGCGGCUCGGAUGCCACGGAUCGCUCAGAGGAUGCUUUGCAGCAACCGGCUGCGGAGGGACAUGGGGAGGAGCAAGGGAAGGAGGUCAAGGAGGAGGAUGCCGAGGGGCUGCCGCUACCUCAGGAGCCAGCCCGGCGAGGGGGGCGUAGGCGGGGAACCGCGGCGUCCUCGUCACGUGGCCGCAAGGCUACCACACGAGGGGGUGCGGCCGCGGCGGCUGGAGGCGCCUCCAAUCGUAGCCGCUCCCGGAAGGGGACCGCAGCGCGCCGCGUUGUCUCGGACGCUGCAGAGCCCGAUCAAGAUGAGGACGGCGAGGAGCAAGGACAUGAUGCCCCUGUCGCUACUGGUGCUGCUUCAGGAGGCUCGGAGCCAGGCGUGGGUGGCCAGGCGUUGCCGGCUGGCCUCAUGGUUUCUCCCUCGCCGCUCCCCAAGCGCCGGCGUGUCAGCGAAAGCGAGGCAGGUAGCGAGGAGGACGCGCAGCCUUGGGCCUCGGGCAAGGCAGACGCCGCUGGCAGCCGGCGUGAUGCCUCUGCACCUGUUGAGGAGCUGCGCGGGAGCGCAGGGGCCG